AUGGGCUGCUCCUGGUCGAAAGCGGAGCACAGCGUUGACACUGCCAGUACACCGAAUGCCCUGCAGGCGGCCAUUCCCGUCCAGCGUCUGCAGUGGCGUCGCCGGCAGGAUGAGAAGCAUCAGCGGCAAAUCCAAAAGUUGCAGAAACGUAAUGCUCGACGCAAGCAUCGUAGGAAGCGAGGAUCGACCAACGAUGGUGGUGGUUCCCUUCAGAGACGUCAACGUCUCAGCGGUAAAUCCCAUCCGGAUCUUGCCCUGCAACUGCGUCUCCUGGGCGGCAGCAAUGGCAGCAGUGCCACCGAAUGUGUGAGUGCUCUGUAUGCCAGGACAUUGGAGCAGCAGCGUGAGGAGUUCCAGAGGACAGUGGAGCGACGGAUGUUGGAACAAUUGGAUCGGGAGUUGCACACAUUCCUACUGAAUCAACUCCUGUUGGGUGUUCAGUUCUUUUCACACUUUGAGGCGGAAAUGAGCCUGGUGGAUGCGGAGCUAUUGGCCAGGCGGCAGAGUGCCGAGCAUAGUUUGCUGCAAAGCGGGGCCAUUGAUGCGGCUGUGGCCAGGAAUUUGUUAUUCAAAACCAACUCCUCGAAGCAACCAUCGCAGCCGCUGCAAAAGCCAGUCACAUAUGUGGUCUUUGAGAAUGUGGAUGUGGCUCGUCCUCAUGAUGCCAACUAUGACACAGUGGCCACGUUGUGCAAGGUCCUUCUGGAGACGGACUAUUACAGCAGGACACCCUGCAGUUCUGAGCUGGUGGAGUUAAUGGAGCAAACCCGUUGGAUGGGUUAUGUGCGUCUCAAGCUACGCGAUCGAUCGAUUCUUUCACCGGCAAUGAGCAGCAGCAACAGCAAUCCUGGUUCACCCAUUCCUCCCAUUAGCAGCGAUGAAGAGUGCACCUCCAGCACUUCCUCCUCUUCAUCCUCUGGCUACAGCUCGGGUGACUAUGAUCACGUGUAUCUGGCCAGGUUGAAUACACCACGACCUUUAGAGGAACUGCGUUUGAAUAGGAAAUACAAUCUGGAGAGCAAUGUGUUGCCAGAGAGCUGCAUCCGUCGUUUGGCCAGCUGUUUGCCACCGGAACUGGAGCAGACCGAUGAUGAGGAUUCUUCCUCUUGCGAUGAGCUGGAUGAUAAUGAGGAUGAUGAGGAGCAGCAGCACAGGGAUCAUAACUAUCCUCCCGCUGGCUAUGAGACUGUCCAGGUUCUACGUCAGUGCCAGGCGGAGCAACUGCAGCAAUGCUACCUCAGUUCGCAGCAAUUUAUGCUUUACUUCGGUGAACUGCUCCGUCAGCAGUUGGGUCACCAGCUGGGCAUCAGUGCUGCCCAGCUCAGUGCAGGCUCCUAUCGCGGUUGCAGCGUUUAUAUGGCCAAGGAGGUGCUAGUGCCCGCCAUCCAUGUACCCCAUGCCUGGCCCGAUUGUGCCUUUGAGUUUGGUCUGAGGGCCAGACCGAGACUGACCAAUCUGCACACCGCUGAGCAAUUCCAAUGGCCCACCGAGCAGAUGAGGAAACGCAUACGAUCCUUUGGCUACCACGUUGUUCCCGUGGGCUAUGCCCCGAAGCGUUCACGUAAUCCCUUCCGGGAGCUAGAGUGGCGCAUUGUCUUCCCCCAGGCAGAGCAGUAUCUGGAGCGCUAUUGCCUGACGCCCAUGCAGCUGAAGGUGUUCCAAUUGAUGAAGUUGCUUGUGAAGACAUUCGUGGAGAGCACUGAUGCCCAGCCGCCGGGAGGUGUACUCCUGGAGCAACUGCGUGCCCAUCUCUUUUGGCAAUGCGAACGGUAUAGUAACGAUUGGCCCGAGGAGUUCCUUGGCGAGCGAUUGGUGCGAUUCAUUCGUUCGUUUGACGUGUGUCUGGCGAGGAAGCAUCUCAGCGAUUACUUCAUCGAGCGGCGGAAUCUCUUCGAGCAUGUCCCGGAGGAUACACUGAUGAAGCUACGCACUGUGAUGGCCGGCAUUGCUGAGCAGCCGCUGUUGCAUGUGGUCCAGGCUUUGAGGAAUCUCCAGCAUGCGAAGGAUUUUUAUCCCCAGCUGGACUACAAGCGGCUGUUGAGGAAUCUCUGUAGUCAGGAUUAUCUAGAGCUGCAUUCGUGGGGUAAAUUCUCGCGUCCACGUCAGGGUUUUCCUGUCCAGCAAGAGGAGCAGCAGCAGGAGCAGGAUGUUGGAGUUCCUGGACCUAAGAUCUCACGCCGAAAUACAGACAUAACCGAUGCUGGUGGUCUUCUGGGCCUGGCCCAGCACCAGGAGCGUUCGAGGGGUAAGCUGCGCCGGAAGACACAACUCCUGAGGGCCACCAAUCAGAGGCAACUGCAGCGGCAGCUUUCGGAGGCUAAUCAGCGGCGUUCCUCGCUGGACUCCUUGGAUCUACAUCGCCUCCUGGCCCGCUCCAAUUCGGAGAUUUCUAGCCAGGAAAUGCCAGCGAAACCUCAGCUUAACAAUGGCCUGGAAAUCCUGCGACGUAGCAAUCUUCUCGAGCUUCUGCUGGAUCAUCUGCUGGCCAUGUUGGCCCGUGCCAUCCGUUUCGGUAAUCGUGGCCAUGCCCAACUCUAUCUGGAGCAGGGUCAGCGACUGUGUCGCUUGUACCAGCAUUUGGGUUGCUCCCAGCAGGCUCAGCACUUUAUCCAGGAGCUGCAGCAGGCGGCCAGCAACAUGGAAAUGAUGGUCAGCAGCAGCAGCAGCACAAGGAUACCAUUGCCUAGCUCUGAGGGAUUCCCUUUUGAGGAGGUGGUAAAAUCACCGCCUUUGGCUCGCCGGAAGUCCAUCAAAUUCCUGGAUCACGUUGUGCAGAUACACUCUCCCGAUCCUCUGGCCAGGCACAUGAAUCCUCAUCCAGCCAACAUUAAGUUGAGUGGAAUCCUAAGGGGUCAAUCCUCACACAAGGAUGCAGAGGAAGUGGAUGUCAUAGAAAACCAAGGAGAAAGGGAGGAGAAGAAGGUGGAAAACCUCAAGGACAAAGGCCAGCAACAGGUUGAGGAAGUGGAGAGUUCAACUCCAAAGGAGGAAGGUACCAAGCUCUCUCUAAAUGGCCUCAUCCAACGCCUCAAUCUCGAUCCCAACAAGCUUGAAGUGAUCAGCAGUCGGACGGAGCAAUUGGUCCAGAAGGUGGCCCCAUCGGAGGCCAUGCGGGAGGAAAUUAAGGAGAUCCUCAAAAGCAAAACCCAGAAGAUCAAGGAUGCCUUUAACUAGCGUCAUUGUACAUAUACAACCUAUUCCUACAUAAUCUUAUAUUAUAUUUUUAUUACUAAGCUAAAAAGACGUA